AUGCCCCCCCGGAGACCCACCACGGCUGACAGCAACAAGAAGCUCCCAGCCGUCCCCCUCGAUGCGCUCGGACUCGACCUCCAUGGCAGGGGUCCCUACGCCGGCACGGGCACGACGGGCAGCGGCGAUGAGAACCACAGACGGUCUGCCAGACAACAAGCAUCAUCCAACGCCGAAUCCAUCUCUCCGAUCACCACUUCGUCAACUCGUUCAGCCUCUCGCUAUCCCUACACCAACCAAUCGUCUUCUACAUUGACCAGCGGCACACAAAACUACAGCACAACUACCUUGACUGUCCCGGGCUCGCCAUCUAUGUCUGUGACGUCUUCGCAGACCUCUGUCUUUUACUCUGAAGGCCCCGAAACGCCUGUUUCAAAGAGACGGGUCGUGUUUCAACCCCAGGCUUCUCCUUCCCUUCGAUCAGAGCAGACUUCAACCCCAGGCAGAUGCGCGCCCCCCGACCGCUCAGCUCCACCGACGCCGAGCUCGGGCAGUGGCAACAGUGGCAACAGUGGCCCCGUACCCUUGGCUAAGAAACGAUCAUCCAGUCAGCUCUUGAUGGGCAUCGGUAAGGGUAUAGGCAGAGUAGGCAGCGUGAUGCGCCGCAACACCGCAGAAGGGACGUCUAGCCACGGCUCAUUCUCUGCGCCAGGAUCUGCACCUGGUAGCGCCGCAUCUACACCAAGGAAGGGAGUGAACAACACGGGUACAUGGAGGAAAAGGGGCAAGAUGCCGUCGAUGCAGGAACAGGUAGUGUUUGAGGGUACCGGAUGGGAGAGCAUGGAUAGGAAUGAAGGCGAUAGUGGCAUUGGUCGACCGUUCAAUGUUGAACACGAUCUUCACGUCUCGCCAGACCUGCAAGACCUCCCACCGGCUUGGCUAUCCUCUCUCAAAGCUCAGGGUCUCUCGGAAUCCGACCUGUUUUUGAUCAGCGUCGCCCGUAAACGCCAGCAUACUACUCCCAACCAUCACGUCGCAGGUGACGAUUUUCUCCGUGCCCCGCACUCUGCUCCGGUUGGCCCCUCGAACGAGCCGUAUGCGUAUGGGACGAGCGAUAGCCAAAGCUCGAGGGCGAGCUCUGCUACGGGAAUGUUGCGCAAGUUUUCCUUUGAGGUGGAUCGUCCGGCCAUGCCCACUGCCCAUGGUGGACGCUUGGCGGCGGGAGAUGUCUUUGGAGGUCAUCCCACUACAAAUCCAAAACGAAUCUCACGUCGGAUUUCAUCAGACUCAUACCCCGUUUCCGCUACCGAAUCUGAAAUCUCCGAAUCAGAGUACUCGCACCACCAACACCGCCUCCCCACAACCGCGCCUCACACGACUUCACCUUCGAGUCGAUCCCGCUCUGGCUCCGACCCGAACCUCCUCGCUGCCCCGAUUCCACGUCAAACUAAGCGCCUCUCUGCCCAACUGCGAGGAUUCAAAGACCUUCCGAUCGGAGAUGUCGAGUCGGCCAGAGACGGGGAAUGGACAAAGAGUAUCUUGGGUAUGGGGUUCGCGUGGGAAGAGCCGAAGAAAUACGAAGAGAGUACUACGGCAGAGAAGGCGGUCCAAAGCGCAGACUCUUCUGGCGUCGGAAAGGCAUUGAACAGGAGGUCGAAACUGAGCCUGGCACCCAAGCAGAGCAGACCUUGCACCCCGGAGAGCCUCUCAAAGAAGAUUGCAAGGAAACCCCUCCCGAAAGAGGAGCAUACUCCCCCAUCUUCAGCCUCUGGUACAGCACGCGAAUUCGAGCCUGCAUCCGUGUCGACGACCACUUCAUUCCCUCGUUCCCCACCACCUCCCAAAAGGCCCGACAAUGCCCAUCGACGAGGUGAUUCCGGUUUCUUUGGGAGCGCAAGUGCGAUGAGUUCGAGUGGGAGUGGCAGCGGUGGGCAUCAUACAAAUGCUUCCGUCUCUUCUAGAGAGGUCUAUCUACAAGGACCGCAGCUCAAGGAGGUAGUGGUGAUUCGUGAAGAGAGUGGGGAGAGAGCCGUGGCCAUACCUCGAACAUCGUCCGAGUCAUUCGGUGUGCAUUACUCGUCUCCUUUCAAGUCGCGUUCGUCUGUCGAACUCGACCUGAUCACCCCUUCCACCUCGGAUGGAAUUCCAGGGCUUCGUGCUCAUGGGGCAGACGACGUCGAACAAGUCGAUACGGGGUAUGACGUUGACUAUUCCUCGGACGAUGAGGAGCAUGAUUUCGAGUCUGGAUUUGCCAAUCAGUCUGGUUCAGCAAAGAAGAAGAGACCCAAGGAUAAACGUCAGACUUUUGGUCUUGCUCCGCCGCCUCCCGGAAGAGACUUGCCAAGGUUGUCGAUCGACCGCAGCCCAUCUCUACCACAGAUCGGGGUAAGCCCUCUGGAUGUAGAUGCUAGCACGUUUGGCAAGUCUCCCAUUUCUCCUUCGCCAGAACCUGCUGUCCCAGGCUUGCCCCUGUCCCCGCCCCCUUCCUACUCUCCUCUCCCACUUCCCAAACAUCUUUCUGCCCCGCAUCGCAACUCAACCUCUUCCGACUCGCACGGCUAUCCCAAUCGCGAUUCCCUCCAAAGUACAUUCUCCCGCUACUCUCGCGACUCUCGCACCAGUCUGCGCUCAGACCGCACGUCCAGGACGAGCCACCAGUCGCUCAAGAGCUGGGAGCUGGGAGAGGUGGCGCACGUGAGACAUGUGGCUUGCAAAGGGAUGAUGCCAAGUUACAAUGUGUCGAGCGCCUCACUUGGAGACUUGAUGCAGAACCAGGCAAAGAGGUCGCCGGAGAUUGAUAGAUUGGGUGACACGGUAGUGGAGAGGUUGGAUGAGGAGAGCGAGUAUGGAGAGAGUGAGGACGGUGCGAGGGAUGCCCUCGAUGCGCUCGGACAAGCUGCUCAGAGGAUUGUCCAGUGUUGA